GCGGGGUCGCCCCGGGCAGAGAGCGCGGAGAGGCUGAGAGGAGACGCUGACAAGGGCCGCAUGGAGGACCCCGUGGCGCCCGGGGCCGGGAGCUCGUCUGCCAAUAGCAACGGCAACGGCGGCGGCAAAGGGAAGCAAGCGGCACCCAAGGGCCGGGAAGCGUUCAGAAGCCAGCGGCGGGAGUCGGAGGGCUCUAUGGACUGUCCCACUCUGGAAUUUGAGUAUGGAGAUGCAGAUGGGCACGCAGCAGAGUUGUCAGAAUUAUAUAGCUACACUGAAAACCUGGAAUUCACCACUAACAGGAGGUGCUUUGAAGAAGAUUUCAAGACUCAAGUGCAGGGCAAGGAGUGGCUGGAAUUGGAAGAAGAUGCCCAGAAGGCCUAUGUGAUGGGACUCCUGGACCGACUGGAGGUGGUCAGUAGGGAACGGCGACUGAAGGUGGCCCGUGCUGUUCUGUACCUGGCCCAAGGCACUUUUGGGGAAUGUGAUUCCGAGGUCGAUGUACUACACUGGUCCAGGUACAACUGCUUCCUGCUCUAUCAGAUGGGGACCUUCUCGGCCUUCUUGGAGCUGCUCCACGUGGAAAUCGACAACAGUCAGGCCUGUAGCAGUGCUCUUCGGAAACCAGCCAUCUCCAUUGCUGAUAGCACAGAGCUCAGGGUGCUGCUGAGUGUCAUGUACCUAUUGGUGGAAAAUAUUCGCCUGGAGCGAGAGACAGACUCCUGCCGUUGGAGGACUGCACGGGAGACCUUCCGCACUGAACUGAGCUUCUCCAUGCAUAAUGAGGAACCUUUUGCCCUUCUGCUUUUCUCCAUGGUUACCAAGUUCUGCAGUGGCCUGGCUCCCCACUUCCCCAUAAAGAAGGUCCUGCUUUUGCUCUGGAAAGUGGUUAUGUUUACCCUCGGUGGAUUUGAGCAUCUACAGGUUCUCAAAGUAAAGAAGCGGGCAGAACUGGGACUGCCUCCACUGGCUGAAGAUAGUAUCCAGGUGGUGAAGAGCAUGCGUGCCGCUUCCCCGCCCUCUUACACCCUUGACCUGGGGGAGUCUCAGCUGGCACCACCACCCUCUAAGCUGCGAGGCCGCCGUGGUUCUCGAAGGCAACUCCUCACUAAGCAGGACAGCCUGGACAUCUACAAUGAAAGAGACCUCUUUAAGACAGAGGAGCCAGCCACAGAGGAGGAAGAGGACUCUGCUGGUGAUGGAGAACGAACCUUGGAUGGAGAAUUAGACUUGCUAGAGCAAGACCCUCUGGUGCCACCUCCACCCUCACAGGCAUCCCUUUCUGCUGAGCGGGUGGCCUUUCCCAAGGGGCUACCCUGGGCCCCAAAGGUCAGACAGAAGGACAUUGAGCACUUCUUGGAGAUGAGCAGGAACAAAUUCAUCGGAUUCACUCUGGGGCAGGACACAGAUACCUUGGUUGGAUUACCCAGGCCCAUCCACGAGAGUGUGAAGACUCUAAAGCAGCACAAGUACAUCUCCAUUGCAGAUGUUCAAAUCAAGAAUGAGGAGGAUCUGGAGAAGUGCCCCAUGUCUUUGGGGGAAGAGGUGGUACCAGAAACGCCAUGUGAAAUCCUCUACCAGGGCAUGCUCUACAGCCUCCCUCAGUACAUGAUUGCUCUACUUAAGAUUCUGCUGGCUGCAGCCCCCACCUCCAAAGCUAAGACAGACUCUAUCAAUAUCCUGGCAGAUGUCCUGCCUGAGGAGAUGCCCAUCACUGUUCUCCAGAGCAUGAAGUUGGGCAUCGAUGUGAACAGACACAAGGAGAUCAUUGUAAAGAGUAUCUCUGCCCUGCUCCUGCUCCUCCUCAAACACUUCAAACUGAACCAUAUCUACCAGUUUGAAUAUGUGUCACAACAUUUGGUAUUUGCCAACUGCAUUCCAUUGAUCCUGAAGUUCUUCAAUCAAAAUAUCUUGUCGUACAUCACUGCCAAAAACAGCAUUUCGGUCCUGGAUUACCCUUGCUGUACCAUUCAGGAUUUGCCGGAGCUUACUACAGAGAGUCUGGAAGCUGGAGACAACAAUCAAUUCUGUUGGAGGAACCUCUUUUCCUGCAUCAACCUUCUGAGGUUGCUCAACAAACUGACCAAAUGGAAGCAUUCCAGAACCAUGAUGCUGGUGGUAUUCAAAUCAGCUCCAAUCUUAAAGCGGGCCCUCAAGGUCAAACAGGCCAUGCUGCAACUUUAUGUUCUGAAGCUGCUAAAAAUACAGACCAAGUACCUGGGACGCCAGUGGAGGAAAAGUAACAUGAAAACCAUGUCAGCCAUCUAUCAGAAAGUACGCCACCGCAUGAAUGAUGACUGGGCUUAUGGGAAUGACAUCGAUGCCAGGCCAUGGGACUUCCAAGCAGAAGAAUGCACCUUGAGGGCUAACAUUGAGGCUUUUAACAGCCGCCGGUAUGACAAACCCCAGGACUCUGAAUUUUCACCUGUGGAUAACUGCUUGCAGAGUGUGCUGGGGCAGAGGUUGGAUCUACCUGAGGAUUUCCACUAUUCAUAUGAGCUCUGGCUGGAGAGAGAGGUGUUUUCCCAGCCCAUCUGUUGGGAGGAGCUGCUCCAGAGUCACUGAGCUCUUAGAAAAAAAAACAUCUGAUAGAUGAGGUUUGGCUCCAAUAAAUGGUGCUCUGCCUAUCCUGCCCACUCGGCCUUUGUUUCUAGCUCUGAGAGUGCUUGUUCAGGGGAAAGCUGGCCUAGCCCAGGACAUCCAGUGUAGUGCAGGGCCAUUCUGGGGGCUUUGGGCCUGGAGAUAGUACAAGGCUAGGAUCCUGAGUCACAACAGAUUGGUCAACUUGCAUUGGGGUCAGUUGGGUGCCAAGUUGGCCUUGAACAUCUGCUGGAUCAGUCCUGGAUAGGCUCUUUUGUGGGACCGCUCCCUGCUUUAGUCUUGCCCAGAACCAGGACCAGGCCAGCCUUUGAUAGCCCCAAGAGUGAGAAUAAGUUUAUCAUGGCAUUUGACCCAUGACAUUCAUCAUAGAUAAUGGGAGAGGGAAGUCAUAAAAUAGGGAGAACAUUUCCUUCUUGUUUAUCCUGGAUUCCUAGGACCCAUAAGAAGUUUGGCAAAAACCAACUUUGAAAUUAAGUGUAUAUUUUAAAUAAAAAAUUUUGACACCUCUCUCUAAAAUUAUUAGCUCAAAGAUGAUUUUAGAGCACCUGCACCUUCUUUGUAAAGGAUGAUGAUUUACUGUUACCUAAAUACUGCAUGUUAUAGUAAGGUAUAUCAUGUAAAGUGUUUUUUUCUUUACUCCGAAGAAAUCUAUGUUCAAUCUGAAAAUUAUUUCUCUAUGUAUUGUACAUGGGGCAUGGAGUGCUUUGCUACAGCCAGUCUGAAAUAGACCUUCUCUAAGGAUGUUUCAUGUUUUUCUGAAGCUAUGUCAGUCUUCACAUGACUGGUACACUAUAAAAAAUUAUCCCUUUCAUCCAAUUCAUUUUUUUAAUGACAAGUAAUUACAGAAGGUUUUAUUUACUGAGAUGGCAAUGUCCAUUUUUGCUCAUGAUCGAUUUAUUUUUUAAUUGAAUGGAAUAGCAAGAGCAUUAUAGUUACCAUUUUUCUUCUAUGUUGAUUAGUGAUUUUUUUUCCUUUUUACUAUGAGUGCUUUCAAAGUGUCAUAUGGAGAUUUAGUAAUACUGUUCUUACCUUAAAGUAUUGCACACUUCUUUGAAAAUACAGUUCUUGAUGUACCAACCUCUUUAAACUUCUUUUGAGGGUGCCUGGGUGGCUCAUUCAGUUAAGCAUCUGCCUUCGGCUCAGGUCAUGAUCCCAGAGUCUGGGAUCAAGUCCUGCUUCGGGCUCCCUGCAUACGGAGCCGGCUUCUCCCUCUGCCUGCUGCUCUCUCUGCCAAGUAAAAUCUUGGAGGAAAAAAAUUUCUACUGAAGUUUGAAUCACAUACUUGUCAGAGCGCCUGGAUGGCUCAGUUAGUUAAAUGUCUGACUCUUGAUUUUGGCCUGAGUGAUGAUCCUCAGGGUCAUGGGAUCAAUCCCCGCAUCCGCACUCAAUGAGGAGUCUGCUUGAUGAGUCUUCCUCUGUCCAUCCACCCCCUCCACACACAAACACACUCUCUCAAAUAAAUAAAUCUUUAAAAAAAAAAAAAAUCACAUACUUCUCAUCAGAAAUUGGGUUUUUAGAAAAGCUUCUGAUUCGACCAGGAUCAUUUUUUUUCCUCUUCUAUUCCCACAAUUAUGUCAUCUAUAUUUUCAAGCUUUUUUUUUUUUUUAAAUGCUCUCCCCCCCUGACAUGGACACUAUUGAAUCUUUUUUAUGAUAGCAUCAGGCUACUUUAAUUAUGCCAGGAAGUCUUGUAAGAAAUGGCUUAUUUAUUCUGUCAACCACAGUCUCAUUUGGAAGUCAUGAUACAGUUAUUGACAAUAUCCAAAGGAACUAGACCAGAACUCCAACUAAAGAUUGGAUUUUAGCUUUUUUUUUUUUUUUUAAGAUUUUAUUUAUUUAUUUGACAGAGAUCACAAGUAGGCAGAGGCAGGCAGAGAGGGGGAAGCAGGCUCUUUGCUGAGCAGAGAGUGGGGCUUGAUCCCAGGACCCUGGGAUCAUGACCUGAGCCAAAGGCAGAGGCUUUAACCCACUGAGCCACCCAGGUGCCCCAGAUUUUAGCUUUUUGAGCUUUAGGAUGGCAGGACUUAUGUUUUUAUGGAAAGGUAAUGAAGAAUGUAAGUAUGUAAUAGAUGACACUUCUUAAAAUACUUUGUAAAUUUUACCUGAAUAGGACAGCUGUCCUCAUCACAAUCAAAGUAAUUCACUAAGCAUAUCGUUCAUGAAUCCUAUUAAUCUAUUUUAAUGUGGUUUAACUGAAAAGGCAAUUUUCAAGGAAAGAGCAGUCAUCAAUCUAUUUCUCUUAAAGCCAUAUAGUAUUUAAUUUGUGUCAAGAACAAAUAAGUUGCCUUUUUAAAAAUAUGCGCAUGAAUGCUUUCUGAGGCAUAGAAGUAUGCUGAGCUUUAACAUUUCAUACCUUUUUACAAGUCUUCUCUUAAGGGAAGAUUAAUUCUCAGUGCAGAUGGAAAAACUGAGAUACCAAGAAAAGUGAUUAGUUUCAAAUCACAACAUUUUUUUUGCUGACUUGCUGGGAUAGCAUUCAGGUAUUGACAGCCAGCCCCAUAUGUUAAAGUAACUGAAUCUUCCAAGAGAACCCAUGUGUGUGGUUAGGAAUAAAUUCAGAUUAACCAAGGUCCAAUGGUGAUUGCUGUUACUGUUUAGAAGAACAUUACCCGAGUGAUUUAUAGAUGAUUUUUAUUUGUGAAUAUCUCAAUAUAAGUUUGUGCUGAUUGCUGUUAACAUGGUUUAUCUACUGAAAGCACUUUAAUAAAGAGAAAUUGAACUAGA